CGAAUAAUACGGAGAACAUAGGUAAAUAACUUAUAAUAAUUUUCUCAACGCCAAACGAAAACCAGUCUGAGCAGUGACUGCUAUUGGGAUCUUAGCUUGUCGUGGCUCGGAGAAUAACAACAGCUUGCUUGCCCUGGUCACAUGGGCUGGUGAUUUCAACCCAUGCAGCUGAGAAUUAUUCUGCGCCUCAAUCAGGAUGCUGCCUCAGAUAUUUACAUCAAUUUCCGAUACUGUUAUUUAAUCGCAGCCUCAUCUCGAGGAAACCGUUUCCCUUGCCAUCUACAACUUCUGACUUAAUAAACGGGUGAACAGAACAACAAAGACGGACAGCUGCAUCGGAUAUAAUUUGAUCAAACUAUUCGCAGAAGAGUUGGGAAUAUAUCGAAUGGGCUUGAAUACCCAGAGAUGCGAGAAUGAAGAGGGCAGUCGCAUAACCAAUCCGCCCUCAAAAUGGAAGAUUUCCCACCAUCAUACGAACUCGCUACAGCUAGGGAUGUGUGGACUAUAGUUGCUGACUACAUCCCAUCUGCGGACUUAUGCGCCGCCUCACUCGUGUGUAGGAGAUGGCAUGAUAUAUUCAUCCCGUUCCUGUGGGGCGCGCCAGCAUCUCAUUUCGGAACUGAUAACGACGCUGUAUAUGUGGCAUUGACAAGAUUCAGGCGGACGCUCAAACGGGCUCGCCUCGAGGUGCGUAUGCUGACUCACACCUUCCACCUGCCACCCGCGCUGUCAGAGAUAUAUGGCGGGCCGAGACGAUCAUGGCUUCAGGAGGUACUGGAAUAUCUACCGAAUCUCCAAUCGCUGCUCGUGUCCCAGCUGCCGUUCUUCGACCACAAUUCGCUUAUCGCAUUGAGGCCAAAAUCGAACAAUGACAAUUCCUGCGAAGCAUAUGGCCUCCGUCUGCUGAUGGCACAGCAGGAACCGAAUACUACAUCUGUUGGCCUUAGGGAGGCUCUAUUGCGAUUCCCGCUGUUGGUUUACUUGGAUAUGUCGUUCACGACGCCGGCAAAGGAUCAUGGGGUGUUAUCGUCUAUGUCAUAUUUGAAACAUCUCCAAGUGGUGAAGCUGAGGGGUAUUGGGCUUCGAGAUGCGGAUCUGGAAGUCGUGGCGGAGUCUAUUCAAACGCGGGUUCGAUUGUUGGACGUGCGAAAUAACAUGUUGACGGAUGCCUCGUUAAGAUCCCUCCUACAGAAAUGCUUCUUACCACUGGAUGCCGCCGAAGAGUCCUCUCCCAUUGAUAGAGCCGUUAAGUUCCAUUUUGAGUGGGCCUGCACUAUAAGCCCCUUUGCGAAUAUCUUGGGCGUAGAUUCGUUGAGAAGCGAGAACUUUGAUGCCCAUCUCAUGAAACAGUUAAUGAUACCCCUGACCGGCCGCUCUGACCCCCAGGAUCUACCUCAUGUUGGUAUUACGCAUCUUUACAUUUCAGACAAUCGACUGUCUGUUGAGGGGUUAGGCAGUUUGCUCAAAUCGACGUGCCUUCAUGUGCUAGAUGGCGGGACCGUGAAGAGUGCUGGGUCGAUGUGGAAGCGGAAGGGGUUUGAGCCGAUAGCGGAUAAUGAGAGCCAGUGGGUGGUUGGCGUGAGAUAUCCAGGUGCUGAAAAACUUAUACCAGCACUGCGCCAUUCAGCAGCAGACAAGUUGACCUAUCUACGAAUUCACCAUGCGGUGGUUACGGAAAAUGCCUCCACGUCAUCACGGGAAGUUUUUCCUGCUAGGAAAACACCUACAAGACGUCCCGUCCCCCGGGCUGUUGCUGUGGAAUUGGACGGCUCUUCGAGCCAAAUUUACGAGCUGCCUGCUGCAAAGCCAGUUGUACGGCAUGAACUCGCGGACACCUCAUUCCAAAGCCCGAUCCCUGGAUGGCGGCCUGGAAUGCGUAGUGGCUCUGACGCACCAUUGCUAACACCAAGCUUUGAAGUGCCAGGACUGGCCCCUCAUGAACCUUCAUCAUCAACGCUAUCGUCAUCUUCCCAGCUUCGAACCGACUUCAUCGAAGCGUUACUCAAAAAGCGACCUAAACUAAGCAACGGCACAGCCCCGUUCUUCCAUCCCUCUCACACCCCACACCUCCGAACACUCGUCCUCACAGAUGUACCCGCAACCGUUCAACCCUCAUCUUCCCACAUCAUAUCCCGCCUAACCCACUUCAUCACAGCGUGUGCAGAUGAAGCCUUCCUAGCCGGCCUACAGGCCCGUUCCAACUACUCCCUGCCCCCUGGCCGGUUACGUGCCAAUGCAGAGCGACGGCAUGCACGAUCUCUUUUCUCCCUUGAACGCAUUAUCCUUGAGAUAACGCCUGUCGCCAAACCCGAUACCUCCAUAGGCUCGACGUCCUGGAAGCGCAGCGGCGCGGGCAUCUCUAAGUCUAGCACAGAGGAUGUAGACUCGGAGAACCUGUGGGCGGCAGCGGAGAAUGAUUUUAGCUUCUUUAGCGGGGAGACCGAGGAGGAGUGUGGGGUUCUAGAUGAAGAGAUUAAGGUUAAGGAUAACGAUAUGGACGGUGAUAUUGAUGCUGAAUCUAUGCGUUCACUUCGGAUCCCGGAGCUCGAAGCUUCUACCCCAUCGUUAUCCCAUCGUGCCUCCGCAACAUCUCUACGCAAUACGCAGAGACUCGCUCACCGUCCCACACCCAAACCCACACCCACAUCACAACCCCGCUCGUUAUCUCCAUUCCCCCCUCCAAAUCAGACCCUAGUAUCCACACCAUCUCCCCCUCCUCCCUCGAACAACCAGCAGCAGCAGCAGCCGUCGACAGCCCCUGCCACGCCCACACAGGACGCAGACAUUGAUGUCGUCGCUGCUCUAGCCGCGUUCCGCAAGGCUAGAAAAGCAGAAUACGAAGAAAUGUUACUACGCGCCAAAAAGCAAGGGUCGAGCGGGAGUACUACGACUAAUUCUACUCCUGUGUCCACUUCUACCAUAACUCCGACGUUACCACGAUCAACAAUGUCAUCGUCUUCAUCGUCGUCGACGACUUCGUCAGGUGCAUCACUCAAUUAUCCGCUGUACGUUGAGGGCUAUUGGAAGGGGGAAGUGAAGAUUGUGAGAAACCCGAUGCCCAAGGGCCGGAGUGGUGGGUUUGUGGAUAUUUAUGGGAAUUAUUUUGAGAGGGGGUAUUUGUAUCCUUGAGUUUCUAGGAAUUAUUACUUUUUUUUCCUUCCAACGUGUGCACGUACAGCUUGUGCGUGUUACAUAUCAAAGGAUCUUAUGACAUAAUGAUACUUUUUUUGCAUAUAUUAUAAGUCAAAUCAUUUUUAUUUUCAUUUCGCAUUUUUUAGAUAUCUUCUCGCAUCCCCAGAAGGCUCACUUCCUCCGCGGCGUAUGAUUAUGCGCUCCGUGCUCAUUUACCCAUUUUUCCUUCUUCAAAUCACGUUAGUAAAACAAAGUGUCAUCGUUCGCCAAACGCGCAGAGAGAAAGAAAGGUAUCAAAUGAGUCCACUAAAACCGCACGGCUCGGGGACAAAAACACUUAAAAGGAGGAAUAAGGGCGUUUAUCGUUUCCCACAUUCAUGUCUCAUUUCUUUUGUUUUCCUUCUUAUUCUCCUUCUUCUCUUCAUCCGCCUUUUCACGUCUUUGUUUUUUCCCCUUGGAGCCAUGUUGAUAUAUAAAAACCCAGUUUUUAUUUGCCUGACACCGUUUAACAAGAGGGAAAAAAAAUUAAAAAAAUAGACAAAGCGGAAGAGAGAAAAUAUAAAAAAGGAAAGAAGUAAAAAGGUGAAAGAUAAAAAUUUGGCAUGAUAGUAGCAGCAGCGUCACCACACCCCAUUAUCCCAACCACGUUCUCCCGAACACACCUAUCGACUAGACUCAUAUCUAUACCUGAGCAGUCUUGGCGGCCUGGGUUGGGCUCAUCUUCUUUCCAUCUCUGUUGUACCGGAUUCUUGGGGGGGGAGCCCGGUUGCGACGGCCCUCUCGGGAGCGGACACUAGAAAGCAGAUUUAAAUCAGUAUAUCAAACUGUUCCGCGUGUUCAAUUUCCCUCUGAUAUCGCCCCAUUAUAUCUAUUCCUCGCGUGGCCUCUUCACCCUCUUUUUCCGUUUCCCUGGGAGCCUUGAUAUCUUUUUCUGACUUUAUUGUGGUGUUUUCUGGAAGGAGAGAGGACGAGAAACGGAGAGAAAGGGCUUGGGAAUUUGCUUGGAUUGGGUUCGGCCAUACCGCACAAUCUUUCCGUGAAUGGCGCAGGAAACGCAGUACUGGAGCUUCAAGUACAUCUUGGGUACGGCGUAAUCAGCGAAGACGGAUGCGUCGGAGAUAUCACCUAAUUAUUCGCGAAAAACGGAUGUUGGUAUUAGCAAUAAUUUCUUCCAUUUCCCUCCCUUUGCUCAUCUGUAAAUGGUGGAAGAACGUACGAAUGGCGGCAGACUCGACCAUGUUACGGAUGGUGAAUCUCUUGAUGGCCUUGUCCUUGGGAGUGCAUCGCGAGCAGUUGGAGCAUCGGAUUGGCUUGACGUGGCCGCGACCCUUCUUGUUACGUCCGCUGUUCCAUUAAAAACAGGCCAAUUGUCAGCCCAUCUAUUUCCGGAAAAAAACUUGGGUUUUUCGCCCCUUCCCCAUAAUUGAUAUCUCAUAAAUUUCUCAACUAAUUUCCAAUUCCUGUAUUUCGCUCCGCGUAAAGAAGGGGGAUAUUUGAGGGUU